ACUAUUACUCUUCUCAACGCGAAUUAAUGACCCAAAUGAUGCGGUCAUGACUUUCCGAGUGCGACGAUUCUCUCGAGACACCAUACGGCCACAUGUACUGACGUUUUAGGGUGCAUGUAUCCAACGGAGAAGUCGAAACAUAAACGCAUAAAGGGAGGCGACUUUUAAAAAGCAAAUUGCACAUCGGGCCUCAACUUUCAGCUCAUUCAUUCCUCAGCUACACUACCACACUUCAUCCACCUCACAAGCAAAGCGCCUUGCAUCAUGAAAUUCUCAUCUGUCCUGUUCUCCAUCUCCGUCUUUGUCCUUUCCGCCUUAGCACAAACGACAGAAACCCUUUCAUAUGACAGCACGUACGAUAACGGCUCCCUCUCCCUUUCCAGCGUCGCUUGUUCAGAUGGUGCCAACGGGCUUCAGACAAAGGGAUACACGACCCUUGAUUCACUUCCCACAUUCCCUAAUGUCGGCGGUGUCUACACCGUGACGGGGUGGAAUUCCGCUGCGUGCGGGGCCUGCUAUAACGUCACAUACGGGGGUAAAUCUGUUACUAUCCUCGCGGUUGACGUAUCCAAAACCGGCUUCACUGUUUCAGAGGCAGCCAUGAACACCUUGACUGGUGGCCUGGCCGUUGAGCUGGGAAGAGUGGAUACUAUGGCAACCCAAGUGGAUGCGUCAUUAUGUGGAUUGUAGUUGCAUUGCAUCGGAAGUUUCUUCUGCGUCUGGACUCUGAGAUCUGAGUGUCAGAUAGACAAUAACGCUCAAGCUGAGACUUGGGACUUACGGUUUCAAUGGACUUGAAUC